UUCUGCCCACUGAGUGGAAGAGGAGGAGGAAUUCUCUUCGGUAUAUAUUCAGAAGUUUCUGUUACUGAUAACUUUGCCCAUUAGUGAUCAGGACAGGAGAUUCAUUCUCUUUCAAACAGAACAUCUUGACUAUGUGCACUGCAAUGUGUUAUGUACUUCAGAUCUAAAGAUCUUUGCAGUUUUGGCAACAAACAUUAUUUUAUCUCAUCUGCUUUUAUACAAAUCACAGAAUGGAGGAGCUGGCUAGAGAGAGUAUCAGCUUGCUGGGCAGGAGUGUGGAAGGUGGGACACCCAGUCUAUCUUCCAUAGGAGCCAUCUUCAUCAUGUUAAAGUCUGCACUGGGAGCUGGACUCCUAAACUUCCCUUGGGCUUUUAACAAAGUUGGUGGAACGAAUACAGCCAUAAUGGUGGAGCUGGGAUCUCUGAUCUUCCUCAUCAGUGGACUAGUAAGCCUGGGAUAUGCCUCAUCACUCAGCAAACAAUCCACAUACCAAGGAGUCGUUAAAGAUCUGUGUGGUCCAGCCAUUGGGAAGCUCUGCGGAAUAUGCUACAUAAUCAACCUUUUCAUGAUUUGCGUUGCCUUCCUCCGAGUGGUAGAAGAUCAGCUUGAAAAAUUGUGUGACUCUCUACACUCAAACAGUACCUUGUAUGCAAUGAGUGAGGCAUCUCAACCAUGGUACAUGGACCAACGCUUUUCAAUGACUGUCCUCUGCCUGGUCAUGAUUUUUCCUUUAUCCAUCCCUAAAGAGAUCAGUUUCCAGAAAUAUACAAGUAUCCUGGGAACACUGGCCGCUUGUUACCUGACAGUAAUGAUUAUCGUAAAGUAUUAUGUGAUGGAACAUCCAGUUAUAACAAAGCAUGAGUUUUCAUCCAGUGCUGCUUCCUGGGCGUCUAUGUUCAGUGUUGUUCCCACCAUCUGCUUUGGCUUUCAGUGCCAUGAAGCUUGCAUUACAAUUUACUCCAGCAUGAAAAACAAAUGUUUGUCCAACUGGGCAGCUGUUUCAGUGUUUUCAAUGCUGAUCUGCUUGCUAAUUUACUCAUUAACAGGUAUCUAUGGGUCCCUCACAUUUGGAGAGGCAGUAGCAGCUGAUAUCCUCAUGUCUUACCCUGGGAAUGAUGUGGCUGUGAUAAUAGCUAGGCUGCUAUUUACUGUCUCUAUCGUCACAAUCUAUCCAAUCAUCUUGCUGCUGGGAAGGUCUGUCAUUCAAGAAGCCUGGUUAAACCACAGGAAAAAGUCUUUGUUUGUAACGUCUUCAUAUGAGAGGUGUGUUCGUGUGGUUAUUACAGUGCUGUGGAUUCUUGUCACUUUGCUCAUCGCCCUGUUUGUGCCUGACAUCAGUGAGGUGAUUUCUGUCAUUGGAGGAAUUAGCGCUUUCUUCAUCUUCAUCUUUCCAGGCCUGUGCUUGAUUUGUGCAAUUGAAUCAGAACCAAUGAAUCCAAAAGUAAAAUCUUGCCUGACUGCCUGGGGAAUUAUCUCUGUGGUCUGUGGAGCUUUUAUCUUUGGACAAAGCACAACUAUUGCAAUUAUGGAAAUUAUAGCCAAGUUUUGAGAGUUUGUCACUUAUGGCACAACCAUUUUUAAAUGUUAUUUUUACUAUUUAACUUGAUGUUUUUAACAUUGUAACAAUAAAUCAUUUUAUUUA